AUGUUCUAUGGAGCCGUAUCCGACUUCUUCGCGCAAGCCGUCAUCUCCUUCCUCCUUGGUCAUCGAAAUCUAUCCGUCUUUAGCGAAUUCCUGCAGACAUUGAAUAGCACCGACGCUGCAAGCGUUGUCAAGCUUUCUCGAAUACGAUCGGUCGCGAGUUUAGAGGAAAAGGUUCUUCUUCUGACACGUGAGGCGAUAUAUGUCGUUUCCUUUAACUAUUCGCUCGAAAAGGUCAUGGAAUUUACACGAAUCCCUGUGAAAUCGAUCACAUCGAUUCAAAAAGAAGCUAGUCGUGAUCCAAAAGAAAAUUACGGUUUCCUCGUAAACUUCUCGCCGACCGAUGAAUCAACACGUUAUAGCACUUACUCGUUAAGAAACAAGCUCCUCUCGGUACCUCAAGAUAGUGCACCUACACCUGGAACACCUAAGCCUUCAGUGAAGCAUGCGCUCAUUGACCCAGAUGUGACUGAGUUUUACGCUUUCAAAGCUAUACCAGGUCAUACAAGUGACGAAGGCACAUGUCAAGAGUCGGUCAAUAAUGCCGUAAAGCAGAUUGCAGAAGCCUGUAAAGAUGAAGAGCUUAUCGUAGAAAAGGAUAUCGUAAGUUUAGCGGAAGCUGAAUCGGCGACUUCAAUUUUGGAUAAAAUGGAUUAUGCCUUUAAACGAUUUUUAUGGUUAUGA